AACCGGGUUAGAACAAGGACCAAUUUAUUUGUUCCCAUAUUUUAUUUCCCUUACAAGCUCCAAUAUAACCUCAAUAAUAGUUCACAUGGGUAAUGUAUGUCAAUGAAAUACAUAAAUUAAACAACUCCUUGUCUAUACAGCGUUGACCCCUUACAGCUGUUUACCCUUUAGGUAACAUCAGUAAGGUCGAUGCGUUCUUGUGUGUGCAGUCGGUAGCUUUGCCGUGCACAAUCGUCGUGACGUGACGCCGCAAGCUUGUGUAAUUUUUGUCAGAAGUCAGACACAAAGGUCUCAACUUCGGUGAUUGAAGGUGCUUUCCACAGUCUGUCCACCUUACGGGAAAGAAAGGAAAAAUGUUAUCUUCCCUUGUAGCAAAAAGGCUUAUUACCGGAGUGUGCCAGGCAGCACGGAGACCAGCCAUCACAGGGAUGGUAUCUUUUCGGGGUUACAAAGGAGAGGCUCCCGAGGACAACAAGGCAGACCUGAUCGAGAUCCCCUUGCCCCCCUGGGUGGAGAAGAUGGACGAGCCCGUUGAUAUCAAGAGACGCAGGCUUCUUUAUGAGAGUCGCAAAAGGGGCAUGCUGGAGAACUGCAUACUGCUCAGCCUUUUUGCAAAGCGAUAUCUCAACACAAUGACUGAUGGACAGCUUAAGCAGUAUGACAGAUUGAUUAAUGAACCAAGCAACGAUUGGGACAUUUACUAUUGGGCAACAGAAGCUCAGCCAACCCCUGAUGUAUACCAAGGAGAGGUCAUGGAUAUGCUAAAGGAGUUCACAAAGAACCGUGACCAGGAACAACGGUUGGAUGCGCCCAACUUGGAGUACCUGGAUAAAGAGAGUCAUUGAUGCCCUUGACAUUCAGGACCUUCUCAGAGAUAUGUUGAAGGAGGUGUACUGUGUAAAUAUAAAUGUGAUAAUCCUCCGAUAAGAUCUUUGGAAAGUCAGCAGCGUUCCUCCGAGAGCAUACAGCUAAAUGCAAAAGUUUAAAAUGUUUAGAACUCCUGAGAUUCCAUGACAAAAUUAAGCUCAGAGGAAAACGACUUUUAUCUGUGUAGGCAGCCAUCAUAGGGGAGGGAAUAUUUAACGAUGAUGAGGGAAACUGUUCAUGAGACAUAAAUGAACAGAGGAAAACUGCUCUGAACAUUUGUAUUAAAUGUAUUAUAAAUAAUGAUUCGUUACUGUAUAUUCGACCUGCUUUGUGUGCGAAAUGCUUCCUGAAAGCAAGCCUUAAUAGAUGUCAUUGUGCAUAUUUUUUUUGCUUAUUUAAUAAAUGUUCGACUUGAAUGCUG